AUUCCCGGGUUCAAGGAUCAUAUACUCAAAUCAAACAAAAAACAAAAGCUUUUCCAUUUUUACGCCAUAAAGGAAUCAUCUUUCUUUGCCCAAUUGCUCCCUGUAUCAGACCCACCCCAACAAUGAAGAAAGCAGCAGCGUUUCUCAUUGUCCUCCUAAGCUCCUUAGCAAUGGCAAUCACACCAGCACAAUCUCUUAUGCCCUACACGAGGUCGUCACUGUGGGACAUGAUGCUCCCUCCAGAGGACCCGUUCAGGAUCCUGGAACAGAGUCCCCUGACCAUCCCCACCAAAGGGGUAGAGGCAAUGGGGACUGCUCUAGCUCUGGCGAGGGCGGACUGGAAGGAGACGGUCGAUUCCCACGUGAUCUCUCUGGACAUUCCGGGGAUGAUGAAGGAGGACGUGAAGAUCGAGGUGGAAGAGAACAGAGUGCUAAGGAUCAGCGGGGAGAGGAAAGGUGAAGAGGAAGUUGAAGGGGAGAAGUGGCACCGUGCAGAGAGGGCUGCAGGGAAGUUCUGGAGGCAGUUCAGGAUGCCUGGGAAUGCAGACUUGGAGAAGGUGAAUGCGAAGAUGGAAAAUGGGGUGCUGACGAUUACUGUGCCGAAAGUUGCUGAGAAGAAGAAGCAGGCCAAAGUGAUUGAUAUUGCUGAGGAGAAGAAAGGUGUCUCUGCUCAGAACAUUGAGGCUACUAAGGCUGCCGCUUGAUUUCUGGUCUUUUGAUCUAUACACAUCACACUCCCAUAUAGGCUCCAGCUUCCCCUGUUUCUUGUUCAUGUUUGUUUUGCUGGAGAUGGAAGAGUGUGGACUUUGUAACUUGAGAUUGUUGAAUUGAAAUAACAAACCUUUUUGGAACUACAUUGUAAAAGUUCCAUCAGCCGGUUCUGGACCUCAAACGGAGUUAAACAGUCGCGAUAAAGAAUCAAAGAUUUC